AUGGUCUACAUAGUGGCCGCAAGACUCACGAUUGCGGAGGGCCUUGGUAUUGAGAUACACUUGGGACUAAAGCAGCAACAAUGGCCUUCUCAAAGGCUUUUAAAGCCUUGGCGGCAAAAUGUUGGAAGUCAGUCUGCUCUCAUGCUUUACAAAUUUUACUGUUCUUCUCCGUCUUAUAAUAACAAUCCAUCUUGUUCCAGGAGACUGAAUCCAACAACAUGGUGGUCAUCACUUGAUUUGGACGGGCAUACCUUACUUUUGAUGAUGAAGGCUGCCUUAACACCUACGAUUGUUGUUGCCCUAGCACGGAUUCCUGCAGUUUCUCAUGUUACCGACGCAACCAACGAUGCAGCUGCACUAGUAGCAGUGACAUCUCAUGUUCUUAUGCCUCGUGGUAAAUUUGUCAAGGUUAUGCUUUUCAAUGUCUUAGCGGUGUGCCUCGGCGCAUGUGUAGCCUGCAUGGCUCUCGUAAGUGCGACCAGAGCAGGAAAGGGUGAUCGUCGGGUAGAUGCCACUACACCCAAAACUCAGAAAGGAUACAGCAGCGAUGCCAACACAGUUUCUGCCGUGUGGCUUAUUGUCGUGAUCUGGCUGGCAAAUGCGAUGCGUUCCUGGCGUCCGAUAGAGCUUCAAAGUCCCGUUAUAGCCUUUUCGAUCUUUACAUGCUUCAACAUCACCCAGUAUGGUGGCUUUGAGACGUUCGAGGCAGGAGUGGAAUACAUGCUGUCUCUGUUGAGAAGCAUGCUGAUAGCAUUCGCUGUUGCCUCGGUAGUCUCGCUUUUUAUUCUACCUAUGACUAGUCGUACGUUCUUUCUGAAAGACGCAAGAGACUAUUCCUUGAAAGUACAAGCAGUGCUACAACAGCAAUCUGGCUUUGUACGAAUGACAGUUGAGAAUCCGGCCGUGUGGUUUGCUGAUGGGCUCCCAAGACGGUUUCAACCCAUUCAAAGUUCCGAGGCCGUGGAUGGAACGGAUUUCUCAACCAAACUAGAAGAAUCCAAACAAAAAGUGCACUUAGAGAUGUCUAGCCUGGGCUCUUUGUUUAGCAAGCUACAGGUAGACUUGCUUUACUCAAAACAGGAGUUUGCUAUAGGCAAGCUGAGCACUGAAGAUGCCGUCAGAAUCGAAGAGUUAUUAGGCUCUCUUUUGUUACCCCUCUCCGGUAUCUCAAUGCUUCCACGUAUGCUCGACAUGCAUAUCAAAAAUGAAAGAAACUACCAGAUGAAGGUUCUUGAGCGUGAUUCCGAAGAGGAGAUAUUGCAGAAACAAGCAGAAUUACACAAAGCAAUAACCACACUACAAAAGCACUUGUCAGAGACCGCUACAUUGGCUGCUACUGGCAUUCAAUACUUUCUUCUGGUCACAAAAUUAAUGUCUAGACGACAUUUCUUUAAGUAUCGUGAAUCCGAACCGCCAGCUACUGUUCCCAAGGACGAGGAGUCUAGAGAUAUUGAUCUCGAUCCACUCGAACCCUAUUUCGUCGUUCGAUUUGAACGUCUAAUGCAUGAGACAUUCUGCCGGCGCAGACACUUUCCAGGGCAAUUGGCAUCUUUAGCUUUCAAUGACGCUAGGGAGGGAUCUAACAAUCGUGCUUCCUCCAAGAAGACCCGCGAGAUUAUCACAUCCGGACCUCAAAUUCGUCUGGAGUUCUUCCUGGUCUUGUACAUGGGCCACAUGCAGGAUAUUUUGCUUCAUACAACGCAUGAGCUCAUUAAGUUUGCAGACAGCAAAGUAGCAGAUGGCACUAUGACAUCCUAUAGGGCAGUUUUCCCCACAGACACCUCCCUCAAAAGAUGGUUUUCUCUGGUUCAGGAAGAACCCAGCGAGCCGUCAGACUCGACACCAGAUGAGAACCAAGGGGGUGAGGAAGUACAUCCUCAAGAUUCCGAACAUAUGCCUCCGGCCAACCUCUGGGAGAAGUCAAGUCACAUUUUCCGCUUGAUUCGUCGGGUUAUCAUAUCUGAGCAUAGUCUGUUUGGCUUUCGCGUUGCUGCAGCUUCAUUCUGUGUUGGUAUACUAGCAUUUCUUGAGAGAACCAGCAGCUUUUUCAUUCCGCGUAGGUUGGUUUGGGUCAUGAUUCUCAUUGUUAUUGGCAUGAACCCAACCACUGGAGAGACUUGCGUCGGCCUAAUGAGUCGAAUCAUUGGAUCAACCAUAUCUGUGUUCCUGUCUCUGAUAGUAUGGUAUACUGUUGACGAGAACACCGCUGGUAUUAUCAUUCUCUUAUACUUUGCAAAUAUGUUCGAGUAUUGGUUCUACAUCAAACGACCACAAGUUUUGGACUCUUCUGUAAUUGCUAUUGCGACGUUGAAUGAAAUUAUUGCGACCAAAUUAGAGGUACGUGAAGCCGAAAACCCAGAGUUGGCAGGAUUAGCAAACCGUCCGACUUGGGUAUUUGCCCUUCACAAAAUUUUGGCCGUGGGAGUGGCUUGUGGUCUCAUGAUCUUCUGGACGAUAUUCCCGUUCACCAUCACAGCGAAGCAUAAAAUGCGACGAAUGCUUGGUGAGAGCAUUUUUGUGCUCGCCGAGUUUUAUAGUGCAACUCAUACGAACUCAGCACUGUGGUUCAGCGGUGGCCUUCGCGAUGGCCUUAGGGAUCCUCAGGCCCUACUGCGACAGCUUGAACGCGUGAUUCGAAGAUUAUUCAGGAAGGAGAUGGUUCUGCUAGAUGAGCUGCGGGAAUAUAGCCACUUCAGCAAAUUUGAGCCUGCCAUUGGUGGCAAGUUUCCCAGAAGGAUAUACGACGACAUCAUCUUGGAGGUCCAAUGCUCACUGACCGCCAUGGCACUGAUGGUUAAAACCACACAGUCUCUGGAAAAACUCCUUCCGUUGCCCCUACCUCAAGAGCCCACCACCUCUGCUGAACAGACUACAAACCAUGAGCAGAAAAUAGAGCAGCAAACAGAGCAAGACGAAGGACGAAAAGAAUCACUUCGACUUGGAGAACCUAAAGACAAAGCCGAGAAGAAAAGGCAAGAAAAGGAAUGGUUUACUCAACUGGGUAAAGUGGCCCUUGAAACUGUUGAUUUCAAGUCUGCUAGACUCGCAUCUUUUCUCAGUCAUCUUUCGGCAUCAGUCACCAAUAAACUCCCUUUACCUCCAUAUUUGUCUGCGCCAUCGUCAUUCCCCUUAUCUCGACGAAUGCAAAAGAUGAACAAGAAUCUGCUUCACGUGCGCUAUUUGGAAGAUCCUGCAUUUACGGCUUUUAUCACGCUGGAAGUCUUGAGGUCGAUAGUCGCGUGGUGUAUGAGGGAUCUCUUAAGCAACGUUAAAAAACUAGUAGGUGAACUCAAUUUCGAAUAUCACAUUUCCCGGACCGAGUCUCAUGGAGAAGCGGCUAGCUUGGUUGCUGGGGGUCCUGCUGAGGAGAGCGAAGAAAAGGAAAGUGAUGAGGAUAGUAGUAGUUCUACUGAUGAAAGUCAGGGGAAAUCGAUGACUUGUUAGCUACCGGUUACAAAGCAUUGAUAUGCAAGUUGUAGUGGAGAUACUCGAAUCUAAAGAAAAAGAAUUGCAAAUAUCAAUGAUGGGUAUAUAGUAUAUCUUGAAAUGUGUACAAUUAAGAAGUUGAUCAAUCCCUGAGCCUUGAAAUAUCCAUGGACAAUUAGACAUUGGAAUCUCUCAAGGCUCAUCCUACCAUCUAGGCAUGAAGAUCAUAUGUUGGGCAGAUAUAAACACACCACAAUCCGAAACGCCCAGCUCUCCUACCCAGUACGAAGUAUAUAUCCAUAGCGAAAAUGUGCAAAUAAACCAACUAUAACUUAUCCUCAAUCUCAUCAUAGUCAUGAAACCCGACAAACGCCCGCUCAACAAAUGCUUUCCAUGUCUUGUUGUUCUUGUUCGGCCUGUUCUUCUUCUUCUUUUUAUUCUUCUUGCUGGUACUGGUUGAAUCGUUUUCGUCUUCUGUCGCUGUAGAUGUCGCAUCGGAUAAUGAAGAAGGAGAAUCACCCGCCCCAAUGCGCGUGGCCAAGUUGUAUAUGCUGCGCACAGUGAAGUCGCGCAAUUUAUAGACAUCAUCUUCCCCCGUGUGAUACUCUAGCUGGUAGUUCACCCGGAAAUUCUUGGAUGAAAUUCCCUCUUCACCCCCCUCCUUCGUUGCAACUUCGUUUGUGUUGUCUUCUUGAGUAAUAUUGGCAUAAUACUGUACAAUAUUCAACAAGCUCAACGGUUGCCUCGAAUAAGCAGGUCCGGGAGGAGUCCGUUUGGACGGUGGAUCCGGUAUCGGUGUCUUUUUAGACUUCUUCUGAACCUCGAGCUCAUGGUUUGCCCAUUGCUGUUCUUUCUUCCCAGUCUUGUGUUGUGUCUCGGCCCAUGUAGGGACCUUUUCCAUCCCGGUAAUGUCGUAUUCAAUCACACGCAGACUCGGGUAGUAGUUCGGAACCACGCUAGGGGAAACAAGGGUGAGUGAGAAACGCUCUGCAUAUUCGCCUCCAAUUUCCUUAAAGAAUUUCUUCUUCUUUUCUUUUUCUUUUUUCUUGUCGCUCUUGUUCUUUUUCUUCUUUGUUGCGUCAACAUCAUCGUCUGCAUCUGAGAUUGACCACUCGUCUUCUAGAACGGAUUGAGGCGGUGUCGGUAACUCGGCCCACAGAUCACGUAGGCUGCUAAGAUAGCUGCCCUUGGACUCGAUGGUGAAAUUCUCGUAGUUGUUUUCCGUGACGAACGGUGGCAUACGCUCCUCACGAAGAAGACUAUCCAUGUCCACAUCAUCCGAGUCUUGCAGCAUAAAAUGAUCAAUAUUCAUAUGUCCAUAUAAACCACCGACCACGACAUCACGAUAUUGCCGUAACCAGAGCGUGUAUUUCUGCCAGCAGCUCUCGUCCCAGGCCUGUUUAUCAGCCGAUCGAGCAGGAGGGACAUGACCCAUAAGUAUAGCCUUCAUUCCUCGUUCGCGAAGGAGCUGCAGCUGUACGCGCAGCCAUUCCAUUUGAUGGUACCCCGGUUCCGACUUCUGGGCACAUCCGUCAACCGCUUGAUUGGAAUCAAAGAAGUAUAACGUGUUGAGACUGAAUACAGCAAGUCUAUUCGGAAUGACCUCGGUGUGGAAGUAUCCGCCUUCCACAAAAGUGUGACGCUGUUCUUCUGGAAUAAACGACUCCCAUAAAUGAGCGAGUUUCUCUGUCCACCGGUUCGGCCCCUUUUCGAAAAUGUUAUGUGGCAUAAUAUCGUUGUUGCCGAUGUUGGGAAUGAUAGGGAUGAUCAAAGCCUCGUUGGGGUGAUCACUUCGAUGGCUAAAAACUUCAAUGAAUUUGUUUGAAAUGGCUGCGUUGAAUUCUUCGAUUUGGUUCUCUGUCCGUGGAAUACGCUCGUCGUUAUCGUGGCGGGCAGAGUCUCCAGUCCAAAUCACAAAGUCAACCUUGUCUCUUAGAUUUUUGUCGAUCCACUCGAAAGUCUGGUUGAUCAGCAACUCUGGCGAGUCGCAUUCGGACCCUGGCGCCCCCAAGUAACCUGCAUUUCCUUUUCCGUGAUGACAGGCCUCAUCCUCAGUGUUA